UUGUCACUCCCUGGUUUCGUCCGAGACGGAGUGACGGGGGACAUCGAAUCCCGCGAAACCCUAGCAGCGACGAAGAAGAGAAGGGCGCGCAGGCGGCGCUGCCAUGGCGAAGAACCGGAACAAGAAGAACAAGGCCAAGAAGGGCGGCGGCGGCGUCGCCACCAUGGACACCUCCGAGGGUGGCCCAGUCGCCUCCACACCCGCGGAAGCUCCGCAACCCAUGGAUACAUCCGAGGGGAAGCAGCCAUCGUCGAAAUCGACGGUGCUCGGUUCCAUCAACAAGAAAAUAAAAAAAGGAGUACAGAUGAAAAGGUCACAGAACGCGAGGAAAAUGAAAGCAAUUGCCAAGGCCGUAUCAAAGAAUGAACAGUCCGAGGAGAAGAUCCACAAGGCAAAAAGCAAGAAGACAAGGAUUCAGUCUGCCAAGUCUCUGUAUGAUUGAAACAUUUAGUGGUUUGCAGAAUUUUGUGUACCCAUGUAAUUCUAUCUUGUAGAGCAACCAAAACUGUGUUUCUGGAAGAAUGGGAAAAAUCUGCAUUUCAAUCUUCAGCCAGCAAAGGUUGUUGGGACU